CCCAGUCGCGCCAAAGAGAGCAGAUUCUUGCUCAUAAAGCGCCUCAUACUCAAAAGCAGCGUUACUAGAUUAUACCAUAGAAUAUGAGCAGAAGUGGAGAGAGCAGAGAUCGGCUGGAUGAGCUGACUGGGGAGGUUAGUGAAGUUACCUCCCUUCUAAAGGACAACGUUGACAAAGUAUUAAGACGUGGAGACAAGCUAGAUGAUAUUCAGCAGAAAGCAGAUGAUCUGGAGUCAAGCUCCAUUCAAUUCCAGAGAAGUUCCCGAAGUCUUCGACGGAAAAUGUGUUGCUCUAAUAUCAAGAUGACACUCAUUCUGAUUUUGGUUGUCAUUAUCGUAAUUGCAGUGAUUGUGGUCAUCAUCCUAAUGACUGUGAAACCAUGGGAACAUUCAAAUAGUGGGAAUAGUAACCAUAGGAACGGAUCACUAGCUAUCAGAUGAAUUAUACGCGAAGCAGCUGAAAUCCUCCAGUCCUGUUAUCUAAGAGACAAAUGCAGUAACAUGUUACAUUCCACCUGCAACAGGAAUUUCACUGUGAUAUUUCUGUAAUUUUAAUGAUAUUCUUUGAUCAUAAUACUUUUUUAUUUUUUUUAGCUGAUGUAGUUUUAUACUUUUGCAUUUGAAAGUACCAACUUUUUAUUUAUGAUUUAUUAUUUUUAAAUCUUGCACAUAUCUAAUUUACACUUACAUACCUAAGACGAAAAUACAGUAAACCACCCUUAUAACGAGCAGGCUUGUAACAAAAAUGUUAUUGGAUAUAACAAAGUUUGUUUAUAACGAACUCUUUUUUGCUGGCCCUGGACAUUUGCUAUAAGUGUUUUUUUCUGUAUUCAUGAUAUAAAUUUAGAGUUGAGUACUCUACUUUCCAUAUACCGACUGCACUUUAUUCUGUAAAUUGUUAGGCACAUGGAACUUUAGUCAGGACAAUCAGGUUAUGAUGUGCUGUAUGGUAUAUGUCCUGUACUAGUAAUUAUUUUGGAACUUUGUAAUAUCAUUAGCCUCAAACCAAUGAACUCAGGAACUAUAGUCUGUUUCUUCACAACAUCUUCUUCAUAACUGAGAGGACUUGAAUCCCAACUUGGUACAUAUGUAGAUCCCCAUGUCUAGAUAUGCAGAAGAAAGUCUAUUGUAAUUGUUACCUGUCAGUAUCGUACUACAACCUUUUGAACUUUGAGAGACAUAGUGUUCUACAUAUUUGCCGUAGGUUAAUCCUUUUCACAAAAACCAAGGUUAGUGACUGAUCUUUUAGCUAGAAAUAGUAACAGUACCAUUGGUGCAAGAACCACAAUCCUGUCUUCUUCAAUAUAUACUACAGUUUAUAUACAUUUUGUAUCAGACUGCAAAAUUUCUCAAAUUAAAUUGCUAUUUAGAAGAUUUAUCUGGCAGCGAUAUGUUGAUGUAUUACAGGUAAUCUGACAAAGAUGUGAUAAAUUUGUGUUGAUGUGUUUUUAUAUAAUUAUCUGCCUCUGGUGUGAUACCGGUAAUUCUGUAAAAUUUAAAUUAGAUAUACGUGAUUACCUCUGUAUGUAUACCUCUGUUAUUUGUUUACAGUCAUAAUGUUGUGUGCAAUAUGAAAUUACACAUAUAUAUGUAUAGGAAUUUUUAACUUGAAAACACUGCCCUACAUGUGGGAUUCAGGUGGACAAGUACUUGUUUAAAAAAAGACCAAGUAGCUGACAAAUUUCACUUUAUUGUAGAAUGUGAAACAUCUAAAAUUCAAGAGAAAAAAAGGCAUUGUAACUUCUCAAAUUGUAUUUUCUGAAUCAAUGUCAACAUUUGUUGUGAAAUUACUGAAAAGGUUGUUCAUAUACAUGUAGAAACUAGUCUGUCCUCUAUGAAUUAAGAUGCAAAACUGUACAUGUAGUUCUCAGAUAUAUUUGUUAUGUCCCAAAUUUUUCCCCUGGAGAGCUACAGUUCUGUUAGCUACCAAGUACUAUUUAUUUGUUCGUGUACAUUGAAACCUGUCUAAUCCGACGUGCAUUGGGAGACAAUUUAAAUUUUUUUUAUCAAAAUACACAGUGUGUCAGAAUAAACAGUGUAAAAAUCAAUGAAAAUAAGAAAUUUAAAAUGAUAAAGGAGCAUCGGAAAUGAAAAUACGGGUCAGAAUACCCAGUGAAAUGCAUUACACAGAUGUUGGAUUAGGCAGUGUACACUGUAUUAUCUCCGGCCUUGGAUUAGGCAGUGUACACUGUAUUAUCUCCGGCCUUGGAUUAGGCAGUGUUCACUGUAUUAUCUCCGGCCUUGGAUUAGGCAGUGUACACUGUAUUAUCUCCGGCCUUGGAUUAGGCAGUGUACACUGUAUUAUCUCCGGCCUUGGAUUAGGCAGUGUACACUGUAUUAUCUCCGGCCCAUACAGUACAUGUACAUGUAUAUAAUAUUUGAAGUUUGUUUUAUUGUACCUGAAGUACCGUUGUUUGAAGUUGAAGUACUUUCUACACACUGUUUUGAUAACAGAGUUUGUGUUGUGACUCAGAACAUGUUUGGGCAUUGAAGAAAUCAUUUGAUCAUACAUAAAACAUCGGGAAGUGAUUGGAUAUAAAUAUAAAGCUUAAAUGUUUAUUUUUUGUCACAGUGAUGUUCAGACAAAUUUUAUAACACAUUAUAAUGCUUAGGUUUUGUGUCAGUUUAAUCUGAUUUGCCUGCUUCCCAUUAAGCCAUUCAAAGCUAAAUUUGGAAUAUUAUUACUUCCUUAUCCUUUUCCUGCCCUGUGGAACAUCAUUAUCUUCAUGUAGUUAAUUCUGUUUAAUGACACAUUUUACUAGAAUGCUCUACACCAGUCCAAGACUUUAUUGAAAUGUAAUCAUAGUUGUACUUAAUGGCCAUCCUUAAUAAGUAGAGGACAAGUGUGUAUAUGUGUUUACUAGUGUUUAUGUCCAAUGCUGUAUCAACUAACAAAGUCGUCAUAUCGAUACAAGUGUACUGGUAAUGAAUCAUUUAGCAGGAAACUUCAUGAUAUAAAUUUUGCUUUGUCAUUGUGUUAAGGUAAUCUUAAGUUUAUAACUUCCAUUUAUGAUUUUUGUCCAUUAUCAAUGAAAUGGCAGUAAAUAACAAGUAACAAAGUUGUUUAAUAGGUUUCUAAAAUAAAGUAUUUUCAUUUUA